AUGAGACGGCUAAUUCAGCUGAGAAACGGCGGGGAGUCCUGGGCUGCUAUCACUGCUCAAUUUCCAGGGAGGACUCUCCAAGGAGUCAAGCAGACAUACCGCAAGCGUCGAUUCGCUACUGAGCAACAAAUGGAGAAAGAGGCAUUAGCCGCGACUUCUGCUAAUUCUUCCCUUACUGGAGACGACGCCGAGAAGAGUAAUCAGUAG